AUGAUUUCAAGAUUAUUUGCAUCAAAUCAAAAUGUUAAACUUGUAAGAACAUUCAAGUCAACAUCAAUUUCAAUGGCAGCAGAAAAGAAGAAAUUCGAACGUACCAAACCACACGUUAACGUAGGUACCAUUGGUCACGUCGAUCAUGGUAAAACCACCUUAACAGCAGCAAUCACCAAGACAUUAUCAGAUCGUGGUUUAGCCAACUUUAAAUCAUACGCACAAAUCGAUAAAUCACCAGAAGAGAAAGCUCGUGGUAUUACAAUCACAGCAUCACACAUUGAGUACGAAUCAGCAACUCGUCAUUAUGCACACAUCGAUUGUCCAGGCCAUCAACAUUACAUUAAAAAUAUGAUUACUGGUGCCGCUCAAAUGGAUGGUGCUAUUCUCGUAGUAUCAGCACCAGACGGUCCACAAGAACAAACUCGUGAACACAUCAUUUUAUCACGUGAAGUUGGUAUUCCAGCUUUAGUUGUUUUUUUAAAUAAGAUGGAUAACGCCGACCCAGAUCUCGUUGAAAUCGUCGAGAUGGAAGUCCGUGAACUCUUAUCACAAUAUGGUUUCAACGGUGAUGAAACCCCAUUCGUUAAAGGUGCCGCCGCCGUCGCUCUCGCUGAAACCAACGAAACCGCCACCCAAUACGGUAGAAAAGCCAUUGAUGAACUCGUCGAAGUCCUCGAUACUAAAAUCCCAUUACCACAUCGUGCCGUCGAUAAACCAUUCCUCAUGCCAGUCGAAGAAGUUUUCUCCAUCUCUGGUCGUGGUACUGUCGCCACUGGUCGUAUCGAACAAGGUACCCUCAAGGUCGGUGAAGAAGUUGCCAUCGUUGGUAUCAAACCAGUUCCAAAGGUUGCCGUCACCGGUAUUGAAAUGUUUGGUAAAUUAUUAGAUUUCGCUCAAGCUGGUGAAAACGUCGGUUGUUUAUUAAGAGGUUUGAAACGUGAAGAAGUCUUAAGAGGUGAAGUCAUCUCUAAACCAGGUACAAUCAAAGCCUCAACCAAAUUCAAGGCCAAGACCUACGUACUCACUGAAGCUGAAGGUGGUAGAAAGAAAGGUUUCGCCACUGGUUACAGACCACAAUUCUUCAUUAGAACUGCAAAUGUCACUGGUAUGAUCGAACUCCCACCAACUCAUGCCGUCAUUUUACCAGGUGAUUCUCUUGAAUUCACUGUUGAACUUAUCUCACCAACUCCAUUAUCAAUUAAUGGUCGUUUCGCCAUCAGAGAAGGUCAAUUAACUGUUGGUGCUGGUGUUAUUUCUGAAAUUUUAAAUUAA